AUGCGCUUUUCUGCGUCACUGGAUUCGGCCUCUUCCCCUGGCGCGCCCGUGAACUCUACCUGUGGUGUCGAUGGCGUCUGGGGCCAGGGAAAACCAAUCAACAGAAAGCGUUGGAUCACCUCGGAGAAAUCCACGCAAAUUGGCACCCGGGAAAUGAGACGGCGGCUAUGCUACACCUACCCCGAGUUGGAAACUAGAUGUGGUAGUCUGGGGAAAUAUCUUGAAUACAGUUUUUCAGGUCUGCCUAGCGGUCUGCAUAUUCGAUCGACCCAGUUGGACGACAGGGCUGUUCGUCGGCUUGGCCUGCGUGGCAGCUGGGAUCCCCGGCAUCAUAAUGUGGAUGGAGAAAAACGGAUCAAGAAGGCGAACGAGCAUCCUGGAGCCCUAUUAUUUAUUCAUAUCGCCAAUUCUGGCUUGCCAGGCGCGACUACCAAAGCUUAUACACCGGUAGACCAGGAAGGAUAA